AAAACAAUUUGACGAAUGAUUUCCUCCCGAGAAAUCCACCAAUCGCUCUGUGCACGGUUUCAGGUUGACGGCAACUGACGAGCUGCGUCUGCUGAGACUUCACCUCCUCCUCCGUCAACAAUUUUGGUCCGAGGGGUUUGGUGUUAAACCGCGAAGCUGCUGUCUACGUGGACUGGUGCUGAAGCCUCCCGUCCUACUGCCAGGACCUUUGCCAAAGCCAGAGACAUGGCGACGAACGGCACCAAAGCGGAUGGACAAGUAACAGAACUUAACGAAGUGGCCAAUAAUGACAAACCCAAGUCGUUGGAUUUGAAAACCGAGAAGCAGAAAAAGGAUCUACCUGACAGGGAAACAUGGGGAGGGAGAUUUGAUUUCCUCCUGUCGUGUGUCGGUUAUGCAAUUGGAUUGGGCAACGUCUGGAGAUUUCCCUAUCUCUGUGGCAAAAAUGGAGGAGGGGCCUUUCUCAUCCCCUAUUUUCUGACCCUGAUAUUUGCUGGGAUGCCCUUGUUUCUGCUUGAAACCUCCCUGGGCCAAUACACCUCCAUUGGGGGUCUUGGUGUGUGGAAGCUGGCCCCUGUGUUUAAAGGUGUUGGGCUCGCAGCAGCUGUCCUGUCCUUCUGGCUCAACAUAUACUACAUUGUCAUAAUUUCUUGGGCCAUUUACUACCUGUACAACUCCUUCACCUCUGAUCUUCCAUGGAGCUCAUGUGGCAACUCAUGGAACACAGACAAAUGUUAUUCAAACUACAGCAUCGUAGACACCACCAACCUCACCAGUUCCGUGCUGGAGUUCUGGGAGCGCAACAUGCACCAGAUGACGGAUGGCUUGGAGAAACCAGGAACGAUCCGGCUGCCGCUGGCGAUAACGCUGGCCAUCGCCUGGGUGCUGGUGUACUUCUGCAUCUGGAAAGGUGUUGGCUGGACAGGAAAGGUGGUCUACUUCUCAGCCACCUACCCUUACUUCAUGCUGUUCAUCCUCUUCGUCCGCGGGGUGACCCUGCCCGGUGCCAAAGAAGGAAUCAUGUUCUACAUCACCCCCGACUUCAACAAACUGAAGGAGUCAGAGGUAUGGCUGGACGCUGCCACGCAGAUCUUCUUCUCCUACGGAUUGGGCCUGGGGUCGCUGAUAGCGCUGGGCAGCUACAACCCCUUCAAGAACAACGUGUACCGAGACUCCAUCAUCGUGUGCUUCAUCAACUCGUGUACCAGCAUGUUUGCCGGCCUCGUCAUCUUCUCCAUCGUGGGCUUCAUGUCUCACGUGACUAAGAAGUCCAUCGCCGAAUUGGCAGCUUCAGGUCCGGGCUUAGCUUUCCUGGCCUACCCAGAGGCUGUCACCCAGCUGCCGGUGUCUCCUCUGUGGGCCAUACUGUUCUUCUCCAUGCUGCUCAUGCUGGGGAUAGACAGCCAGUUCUGCACCGUGGAGGGCUUCAUCACCGCCCUGGUGGACGAGUUCCCCCGGCAGCUCCGGGGCAGGCGGGAGCUGUUCAUCGCCGCGGUCUGCUUCGUGUCCUAUCUCAUUGGUCUGUCCAACAUCACACAGGGUGGCAUCUACGUGUUCAAACUCUUUGACUACUACUCGGCCAGUGGGAUGUGUCUGCUGUUCCUGGUCUUCUUUGAAUGCAUCUCCAUAUCCUGGUUCUACGGUGUGAACAAGUUCUAUGACAACAUCGAGGAGAUGAUUGGCUACAGGCCGUGCAUCUGGUGGAAGCUGUGCUGGGUGGUCUUCACCCCCAUGAUCGUGGGCGGAGUGUUCCUUUUCAGUGCUUUCCAGAUGGUUCCUCUGAAGAUGGGCGACUAUGUGUUCCCGGCUUGGGGCCAGGGGGUGGGCUGGCUCAUGGCACUGUCCUCCAUGGUGCUCAUACCUGGGUACAUGGUGUACAUGUAUUUCGGACUGAAGGGGACCUUCAGAGAGCGCAUUGGGAUAAUGUUCCAGCCCCCCGCGGUGACCCGGAGGCCUCUGGAGAACGGACCCGAGCAGCAGGCUGAGACCACCGUGGCUACCCUCGCUAGCCCCAGCAACGCACCUCCCACUAACCCCACUAGCCCCACCAGCCCAGCUCCAGCCAUCGUUGCUAGCCCCACGGCUGCGGCUAGCCCAGCUCCCCCAGCUCCCCCUGUAGCUGCUGCUGCUGCUGCUGCUGCUGCUCCCACUGCUGCUGCUGCUGCUCCCACCGCUGCUGCUGCUGCUGCUGCUGCCACUAGCCCAGCUGCAGCCACGGCCACCAGCCCCGUGAACCCAGUCCCCAGCCAAACCACCACCACCACCACCACCACCACCCCCAUCGUCUCCACCGCCGCGCCAGCCGUCCCCGCCUCUGCGACCAGUCCAACCAUCCCCCCCCCAAACCCCACCAGCCCCCUGGAGCCGGCCAAACCGCCCCCCAACCCGGCCAGUCCGACCCCUAAUUUGACCAGCCCAGAGGCCAAUGUGUAGAUAUGGACGGAUUCCCUCAUGGAGAGUGUAGACAAAAUGGAACAUUGCAAAUGACUUCCAAGAUUAUAAUUGAUUCACCUACCUCCGGGGGCAAUAUGUGAUCCAAACAGAUUUUCCAAAAACCAUGUUUAAUUUUUCAGCAUUUGUAAAAAACUAAACAAAAAAAACGACAAGCCAAUGAUGUAUUGUUGGUUGUGGCUCUGAGAACAAAAGACUGUUAGUGUCGACUUAUCCCUCUACCAUAAAUCUGAAAGUGAAAUGUAGACAUACUGUGUAAUACUGUGAGUCAAGAAAAAAAAUACAGAUCUAGAAUAGCAAUUUGUUGAAUAUGUCCAUGAAUCCAGUGAAUCCAGUGUGAAUAUUUAGUAGAUGAAGUAGUGAACCAAACUGACAUCAAAAGGAGAAAGUGCACGAGAUGUGGGGGGUGGGGAGGGGGGAGGGGGGGUAGAUUCUAAUUGUGAACGUUUUAAAGAAACCUCUUCACAGUCGAUUUUGCGGUUCCCGGCGUUGCACUCUGUGGGGUGAGCUACCGGCCACAUUGGGGAGAGGCGAUCCAUAGGUAAGCACAAGGCCAACAAGAAGUUCAUGUUUAUGGAGCCUGGAGGAAUCCAGUAUGUGUUGCAAAAGAAUUUGUGUGUGAGAGAGACUGUUAUUUUUCAUUCUUUUUUUGAGUAAAAAAAAAAACAACGAAAAACUUUUAUGUGAUUGAAACAUUUUUAGAAUUAUUUUUAAGUCUUUUCUACUAUAGCGUGUUGUAAUGGAGGACCAAAAUCUGAGGCAGACUAAAGCAAAAACUAUGCCAUGUAGUGUUUGGUUGGCAAAAGCACAGGGUACAGUAAAAGUACAUUACAAAUCAAGCUAAAUAUAUCCUCAAAGAAGAAGAACAGGGUUAGAGAAAUGACUUACAAACAAGGACUUUCCCUUAAUGCUGACAGUCAAUCCUGUUUACGUCUUGCAUGCUUUCCUCAGGAACGUCAGCGAAAAGUUUCUGAAGUGUUUCCUGAUAAUAAAAUAUCUAUAUAACUAACUGAGAAAGGCCUUAAGCCACUUAAAAAUGCGGUUUACACCAAGCCACAGGCUGUUUACAUGACCAGGCCCAUCUGAAGAAUUACACUUUGGAUGGUAGCACAAAAUAACUUGGACCCACUCUGUGUUUUAAGAUAAACAUUAUUCGAUUUUAUUUUUAUUUUUUAAUGUGUGAUGAUCAACUAUACUUUGAUCAUGUAUGUAUUCAGCGAUACAUAGAUGUUUAGGUUCAGGCCCAGUAGCAAAGGGGUCCGAUUUAUUUUCUUUCUUCAUCUUUAUGUCGUCUUUGCUUUACCACUAAAAAGCACAAAGCUUUAAUUUCCACAGACUUUUGCCAUGGCGUGUGAGGACAAUGCUAGUGUGCUUCUAUGGCAGCUACUGUGAAGGCAUCUGGUUAAAAAAAAGGAAUACAUAAAAAAAGGAAACAUGUUUACGUCGUAUGAAAAUGUGAAAUGGCUACGUUCAUGUCCUGUGAAUUUUGUAUAAAGUUACUCUACCACAGUUUUCUCUGGAACUUUGUUGUAAAGCUGUAUUGUGUUAAAACAUGUAACUGUGAAUGUCUGUAAUACAUUGGAAGUUAUUGUCUUAAUGUUGAGAAAAAAAAUCUAAAGGAGUUGCUGUUUUCUGCAAUAAUAUUUUGAUCUCAGAAACUAAAGCACAUAUCUUACAGAAAUAUAUGAAAUGAUGAUGACAAUGAAGAUAUCGACGAUUAUAUAAAAAAUAGAAGCUAUGUCUAGUUAAAAUCAUAUUGUUUUGUAUAUUUUUAACUGUCUCACUGCCUAAUAUAAAACAUAAUAUAAACAUGAUAUGUAUCUAAAUGGUGUCACAUGAUAAAGCACGAUUGUCAUGUUAUACAAAAAGAAAAAGACUCAAUAAAAAUAAAGAAUUAUAGAAAAUUAUGAAUACCA